UGAAGAGAAAGAAGAAAGACCCAAACGCAAACGCAAAACCUUAAAAACCUAAACGGCUAAACAACUGGUUUAAAACCAGAGCUUUUUCUUGGGUAGUAGAAGAGAAGAAUGAAACCAAUUUCAGUAGCUAAGGCAAGUAGGCAACCAUUGCUGGCUAUAAGGUCACUAACCCAACUCAUAAUGCAGGCUUUAAAUCUUGCUUUAACAAUCUUUUGCAAGAUUACUUCCUAGGGUUUCUUCCUUUUUUUUUUUUCAUUCCUUUAUCCUCUUCCCUUUCAUGAACAAUGAGAGAACGAAGACACGCCGAUAUUAGACCUGGGUCUCUGCCACGGCAGGAAAGUCGCGGAAGAGACCCCCCAAUUCAGGAAAACUGGCAGUUUUCCAGUUCCUAUCGGUCUCUGGGUCCGUCCGGGCCCGAGCAUGACCGGUCUAGAUUCAUUCGUGGAAGAGAGGAACAACUGCACGCUGGUGAUGUUGGAACUCGUUCACAACCUCAACCUAGAAAUACAGAGAACCAAAACUUCGGAGGAAACCUGUGUUUCUCUGGUCUGAACUGGUCGAAUGAUCCGUUUCCGGCUGAAAGAGGCCGGUUUGUUGAUAUGGGUUCGGUGCAGCGGGGAGAGUGUAGUGAAGAGAGAUAUGGACAGUGGCAGAAACUGUCAGGGUUUAGUGAAACUUUGUUGGGAAAGAGAAGAGAAUCAACUUCUAUGAAGUUUCAGUGGGACAAGUUGUUGGCUUAUAAAAAACCCACAAAUGCUAAUACAGAUGGAAACAAUCUUGGUGGGUUCCGUGAUUCGGAUGUGGUCCCGAACUCCAUGUCUAUGAAAAAUGUUGGUGGGGGCUCAUCAAGAACUUGUUUUAGUCCCCGGAUGGACCCUACCAAUACUAGAAGAAAUUGUGGGCUUGUUGAUGGAGGGUAUUCCUCUUCUUCGCCUUUGGGAAUAUUUGAAGGGAGUGAGAAGAGGACUAGCAUCGUGGACUCAAUUGUGGACAAGAUUGAAGGAAAUAGUAAUAUUAAUGAUGAUACUACUUUUAGAGAUAAUUUGAUAAGAGAGAGAAAAAUGCUGUUGCAAAAUUAUACUUCUUUAGGUGAAGAUGAGAAAGAUUUGGAUUGCAAGAGUUUGAAUUUGAAUCCUGAGAUCCUACAGUUUGUAGCAGAGCAUGGUUUUGAAAGACAUGCCGGUGGUAAUGGCUCUUAUGGAGAUGGUUUGGAGAAGUUACCUGUAUCAUAUGAAGAAUUUUAUUCCACUGGAAGUAGUUCCCAACGGCUGUUCACUCCUGAGGAGGCAUCAGAAAUAAGGAUCAAAAGUAGUUUAGAUAUAGAAAUGGACAGUGAUUAUCAGAAAAUAAUGUUAUCAUGUGAUCGGAAUGCCCUUGAUGAGAUCCCUGAUUCAAUUUGUGGAGAUGGGGAUUGCAGUUAUGAAGAUAUUGAACAAUUGCCAAUGCUGGAGAACUCAAGAUGGGGAGAGUAUCGAGGCAGCAACACUGGAAGGAUGAUUGAUGGAGUGGCCAUUUAUGCAAAUGUCAAUCUUGGAAAUACCUUAUCAUCUAAAUAUGCAGUACCAUCAAAGCAAAGACUUUCAAGCAAGUUUGUUAAGCCUUCUAAAAGUGACAUAAAGAAGCGGUUGGGGCCAGCUCGAAGAAGUGUAAAGCAACGUUUAGGGCCUGCUCCAAAUGCAGGAAAGAGAUUGGGACUUUCUCUAAAAGUUAAGAAGAAACGUCCUUGGGUUAACAUACAAGAAGAAAUAACUCCGGAAAAUUUUGAACAAAACCUUAAUGUUCAAAAAGUGAAAUCCUUGGAACUGGAAAAGAGAUAUGACAGGACUGAGCCACCUGAGGACUCUGAGGAAUUCAUGCUGCUGGUGCAAAGUGCUUUCUUGAAGUUUGUCAAAGUUUUGAAUGAGAAUUCAGCUAAUAGGAGGAAAUACUUGGAGGAAGGAAGAGCUGGUACUAUGAAGUGCAGCAUUUGUGGCAGCAGCUCCAAGGAAUUUGUGGACACAUUAAGCUUGGCACAGCAUACAUUCAUGUCUACUAAAGUUGGGUCCAGGUCUGAGCAUUUGGGUUUUCAUAAAGCACUUUGUGUGCUGAUGGGAUGGAAUAACAUAAGAGGUCCAAAUGGUAAAUGGAUUCCACAUCUAUUGCCUGACACUGAAGCCUUAUCAUUGAAGGAGGACCUCAUUAUCUGGCCUCCAGUUGUUCUCAUCCAUAACAGUUCCAUAUCAAAUUAUAAUCUAAAUGAACGUAUGAUUGUAACCAUUGAAGGGCUCAAGGAUAUUCUUAGAGGUAUGGGAUGUGACCGAGGGGUGACCAAUUUAUAUCGUGGUAAAGCUGCAAAUCAGAGUACUAUGGUUGUGAGCUUCAGUGGCACUUUUUCUGGGUUGCGAGAAGCAGAAAGGCUUCACAGGCUUUUUAGUGAGAAGAAACACGGGAGGGCUGAGUUCCAGCAAUUCAGUUGUAGUGGCAGCAAAAAGUACUGUCAGGAAACUCAAAUGGUGCCAGUAGGUAAGGUAGAAAGUGUUCUAUAUGGAUAUUUGGGGAUUGCAAGUGACCUAGAUAAGCUUGAUUUUGAGAUCAAGAAGCGGUGUGUGGUGAAGAGCAAGAAGGAUAUUGAGGCUAUUGCAAAUGCCUCUCCAUACUGAAGGAUAAAUUGUGCAAGAAGGAUACGUUAAUAUUUUGGAGUUCAAGUAAAUAGACAGGUGUUUUUGUCUUCUGGCUUCUGCUAAGUACAGAACCACAGUAUAGUUGAUCCGGUUAUCUUUCAUCGACAAAUUGACUACUUUUGUUUUCUUCUUUUAUUUUCGAAGUGCUUCCUGUGGUGUUCUAUCAAUGAGGAGGUGAAUAUCUGUUUGUAAAUUGUAGGUAACUGGUCAGAUGAUCUGCUGUUCUAACUAUUCCUCAUCAAUUUUGUUUUUGGUCUUAUAAAUGAAAUGAGCAGAAAAUUUCAUGCUGAAA